AUGCCGAGUGGCUAUAAAGGAGCUUUAUUGGCUUUGAGUGAGAAACCGCAUAAGCACAAAGUAUUGAGAUUAAGCAGUCGCGGAGCACUGAACUCCCUGGGACGUUCGGCUGGGCAAGGGAUGCCCCGACGGGGGCUGUCUGCUCUGCUCUGGCCACUGCUGCCUCAUGGGCUCCUGGACGACCGGGCUGCCAUGUUUCCAGAAGAUCUGAGGUUUAAUGCUUUGUUUCCUGUUUUAGGGUAUGAUGAUGUGUCAGAAACAAACUUGAGAUCUUACAGUGUUCAUUCUGCUAAACAUGUGCAAGAGAAUCGUCCUGUGCCCAUUCGCAGAAAAAGAAGCAUUGAGGAAGCCAUCCCGGCUGUCUGCAAAACACGGACGGUUAUAUAUGAGAUACCUCGGAGUCAGAUUGAUCCCACCUCUGCCAACUUCCUGAUAUGGCCACCCUGUGUGGAGGUGAAACGUUGCACGGGCUGUUGCAACACCAGCAGUGUGAAAUGCCAGCCAUCACGGAUACAUCACAGAAGCGUCAAGGUGGCAAAAGUGGAAUAUGUUAGAAAAAAGCCAAAAUUAAAAGAAGUUCUGGUGAGAUUAGAAGAGCAUAUGGAAUGCACCUGUACAUCAUCAAAUACUAAUUCAGAUUAUAGAGAAGAAGAAACUGGCGAGACCGAGGCAUGGAGAAAUGACUGUGCAAGGUCACACAACAAGGCUAUGGCAGAACCAGGGAUAGGACUCAGAUCUGAGUGCUCAUCCAGUGCCCUAAAUCACACGACCAUCUUCCCUUUCCAAGAAUGAAUCCUUGCACCCUUAGAGCUAAAUACUGAAAAGAUUGAGGCUGCAUUUUUGAGGAGAAAGAGAGAGAGAAAGAGAUGGCUAGGCUUGCAGUAACAUGUUGUGCCGUCAUAAAUGCUACAGCCACCAUCUGUUUCCAGCCCACGACUUGAAAGAAAACUGAACAGCAAUCUCAUAAUUCACAUGAGCAUUUUACACUUGUGAACCCUUCCAAACCUUUGUCUAAUAAUGAGGGGAGUGCAUGGUGCUAAGGUUUGUAUUUUUUCCUGCACGUACUAGUGUUUAUUUGUAUGUCUCUUUCUGUUUAUUUUUAUUUUUUUUCUGUGGG